AUAAGAGAACUAUUCACUAUUCAGAGCUUAGGUUUAACCAACGUUACUCCACGGUGUCGCGGCGGCCGCACGUUAACAGAAACACGGAGAUUCAACAACGCCGUUUUCGUGUACUGGACUGAAGCUCUCGUUCAGUUCGUGAAUAUUUCCGAAAGUGCAUCGUAGUUCGAACAUUUUGUAACGGAAUCGGCACACCGGCGGCGCCCGCACCGCAUUCAAGACUGUGGCACAGGCUGUGCAGCCAGGCGCACACUCCUCCUCCAGCGAUUCGGCAGACCUUGCGCCUCUGCAUGAGCUCUCAGCUCGGAAACCCCGGGUCUUCCAGCAGUAGGGUGUGAGGAUGGUGGUACCGGAGACUGGAACUGUGGUCCAGCAGGCAGAAAGCGGUGACACCAGCGGCUUGGGCGCGACUUCGCAGACGGCGUUUCAGAUGGAGCAGGACCCGGCGGGGAUGGAGCUGGAAGAGGUGCGCAAACUGCAGGAGCUCGUGCACCGGCUGGAGGUCCAGAACCAGACGCUGCGCAACCGCGGGAGCAAGAGCCUGCUGGGCAGGGGCAACAGCAACCUGCUAGCGGGCGUCAACAUCAACGACAGGACGCUGUCUGAGGAGGUGGCCACCUCCCUGCUCAGGCCCGAGGACAAUGUCAACGUCGGCGGCCAAGACUUUGAGCCGUCGCCCCUGCAGGACAGCAGCAGCAGCAGCAGCAGCGGUGACAUGUCCCCUCUCCCAGAGGGCAGCAGGCCAGAAGAGGAAGAGGUGGGGGCCGAGGAGGGGAGCUCGCAGUGCAGCAGGUAUCUUGACCUGCCCUGCAGUAACGGACCAGAAAAAACCCAGGGCCCAGAUCUGGAGAGGCCCGAAUCAGAGCAGCUAGACAGAGGGGACACAGGGGUAAACCACUCCGCUCUGGACGAGGUAGAUGUCCUUGACCUGGAGGAGUGUGAUGAAGUGGAGGAUGAAGACAGCUGGCUGUAUGUGUCCCCAAAGAAGCAGAUGUCAGCGGAGCAGAGACCCGAGUCGCCUCUGAAGUGGUGCAGGAAAGUGCUGGAUCACCCCAGCCCUGAGACAGAGGUGGCAUGUCGCACGCUCAUCAACCGCCUUGACCAGACCGCCCGAUGGAGGAACAUAUAUAGCAGCCCCCCUCAGUCUGCUUAUGGGCCCAGCUCGGAGGCUGGCUCCUCUGGCACUGCCUUACUCUCACCUGGGUACCACAAAUCAACUAACAAAACACUACUAACCUGUGGCAGCUCAGGCUACAUGAACAUGCACUCGGCCCUGAGUUCGCAGUCCUCCAUAGACAGUGAGCUGAGCACCUCGGAUGACUCCAUCUCCAUGGGCUACAAGCUGCAGGACCUCACGGAUGUCCAGAUCAUGGCUCGCCUGCAGGAGGAGAGCCUCAGACAGGACUACGCCUCCAGCUCCGCCUCGGUGUCGCGCCGCAGCUCCAGCGCCUCCAUACAGUCGCUGCGCCGCGGCACCUACAGCGACCAGGAGUUCGACACCUACAGCCUGGAGGACGAGGAGGACGACUGCUGCUCGCUCCCGCAGCGCCUGCACCGAUACUCCCCCUCGCCGCUGAGCUCGCCCCGCUGCCAGUCCCCCAGCACCCUGGCCGAGUACGGCCGGCUGAGCGCCCAGCGCGUCCGCACCCCCCGCCGCUCCCUGCAGGGCCCGGGACCCGAGCUGCUCAAGUUCGCCAAGAGCGAGGAGGAGUUAAGGCACAGCAUGCCCAACCUGGCCCCACGCACCAGCCUGCGCUCUCUCGAGGCAGUGAGGAACAGCCGCAGCAUGGAGGCCAACCUGCAGAGUCCAGGCAGCCGCAUGUCACGCCUGCCCCACUCCACCACAGGUGUGUCCUCUGGUAGGAUUCGGGGCAAUGGCCAGUCGCCCCUCACACUCCGUGCCCCUGUGAAAGCCCUUAGCCCUGUGGGCCCCAUGGCUGGAGUCCGGCAGCCUUUGAGAGGACCGGCACCAGCACAGGGAGGUCUUUCCGGAGGGGUGCGGAGAGUCCAGUCCCCAGGCCCCUCCAAUGGGGGAGCACCCUCAACCAGUAGGGUGGCUUCCACGGGUGGGAAACAAACCCCAGGACGCACCCGGGCCUCACUUGGGGGGCCAGUACCUGCACAGCGGGGAAGGCUGGCCCAGCCCUCCAGGAGGUCGCUGGGCUGGACCAAAUCAUGCGGCCCCUCCACAGAUGAGUCGUGGAAGGAUGGCUGUUACUGAGGCCCAAAGGCCCCUGUGUGUCUCUCUCAUCACUCAGUGUAACAACACCAGUGCACUGCCUCUCAAUAGCUGAACCCCAGCAGGCUGGGUCACUGGCUGCACUGCUGCUCACAAAGGACAGGUGAUGCCACGUCGUGGACACCCUCCUCCCACAGACACACUCGCAAAAGGCCAGAGGGACAGCAUGCACUGUGGGCCAGAGAGUGGGACAAGAUGGACGCUGACAUUGAGGACUUCAUUUGUUUUUCGGUGUCAUUUCAGUCCGAUUUAUCAACAGUUGUUGAACCUGCUGGAAUAGUACAGAACAAAUUGUGAUUUAAGUUGUAAUUAUACAUUGUAUGUAUACAUUUUUCAAUUGCAUUGUACUUCUCCUUUAUGAUCUUAUUACUAGCUCCAGAAUUGUUAUUGUGUUUUAUGCAUGUUGUUCUCUUCCAGUCAACCAAAACUGGACAUCCAUAAAAUUUUCCACCCUCAAAGUACAGAUCUGAACUGUAAUGUGACGAACAGCCACUCUUCAACACUUUUUUUAAGGCAUUUUACUUUUCAUUCAGGUCUGUGGACAGUGAAGUUAUAUAGUGAGACUGUUUUUUGAUAUGAAGGUCUGUAUUGUAAAUGUUUUGUUUGAAACAGAAAUGCAGUAUGUCUGAACUAUUCCCUCCCAACAACAAAAACGUUUUAUAAAUAGAAAAUGAAGUUUCCUGUGUUAUGUAACAAGUCAAAACUUUUUGCAAAACCACAAAAGUGCAGUAAAAUCGGCUUAUGAACUCUGAAGUACGAACUGUUAUCUGCACAGAUGCUGCUUAAGCUUUUGAGUCGAAUUGCUCUUUUUAUUUAAAUUCCUUAAACCUAAAUUCUGUCCAGAUUCCCUUUAAUGGAGUUAAAUGUUCUGUAGGCAUCUACAGCCCUCACUUAUCACAAACUUUGACACUGAAACAAAACUGAAUUUACACCAUCUCUGUAAGGUAGCUUCUAGAGGUUGAGCGACAUGAUUGUUGUUAUCAGGAUAACCAUAAAUCUGAAAGUGCAGCUGCACUUUGACUGUUUGUAGAGGUUAAUGUUCCUUCAGUUGUGGCUCUGUUUACCCAUGUUGUAGUUUUUUCAGGAGACAGAAAGUGACAUGAGAUUAAAGGUGGGUUGAACUAAGGGUGUUUUUCUGUUACGUUACCCCCAUCAAAAAGAACAUGCUCACCUGGUUCAGUUACAGAGUGGAUUCCUGUAGUUCGCGCCUAUUUAUGUUUCAUAAUUAACGUAAAUUUCGAGACCACGGGGUAGUUUUUACUUUGCACUACUGACGUGGUUUGGACGAUAAGACUCAAAGCAAGUCUGCCAGUUUGUACACAUCUGUUUAAUGUAAGACCACUUAUCUUGCUUGGCGUCAGUAUACUAGCGCUUCUGGAGUUAAUGAGGCAAUAAACAGUUGUGACAUCGGGGUAUUAAAAUGCUGUAUUUACGCAGGAUAUGGGCUUAAUUUGGUUUUCUCUGGGAACAAAACUACCUACCGAAAUCAAGCCAUGAGUAUGUGCGCAUAGAUGAAAAUGCUGAGAUUGGUGACUUGAUGUCAUGUAGCUAGUAUUUAACAGUGGGAGAUGUGUCGAUAUAGAAACUGGAAAACCACUACUGUAUUUGCAAGCCAAUAUUC